AGGAAGGCUUGUUUCGUUCUUCAAUUUCAUAAAAGAAUUUCCUAACGAGGGCGAGCUAGCGAGAUUUACAAUCAACGAUUGGAACAAAUAUUUUGAAGAAGCAAUAAAAGGUAUUUGUUUCCACAUUCUGUGAACAAGCAACAGCAUUCUACAAAGGAUUUACUGUAACAAAAAUAGCAACUUUUGAGUGGGAGCAGCUGAAAAACGCUCAGCAUGCAAAUUGUAUUAGGAAACAGAAAAUAUUGGAAUGGAGAUGCAGAUUGGAGACCGUGAGAAUAGCAUUUGAAAUUGAAUUGAAUAAUUAAGUAUUUGAUUUCUUUAUUAAUAGCCGUAUCCCUUUGGCCUGCGAAAAGGAGAAACAUAUUUCGAUCACAUUCUAUCUUGGCUGCCUCAUAUUAAAAACAACAACAACGCAAUAUUGAUGGUGUAUGAAGAAAUGAUUAGGAGUCCUCAUGAAAAAACAAGAGAGUUGUCACAAUUUCUGGGAGUUGAACUAUCAAAUGAUGAAAUCAAUGACAUAGUUGAAAAAUGUUCAAUUGAUAACAUGAGAAAAUCUGAUAUGGCAUCGAAAUCAGAAGAUGCAAUGUUUCGCCAUUCUACUAAAAUGUGUAUGACAGGAAUUAUUGGCAAAUGGAAGAAAUAUUUUACUGCUGAGCAAUCUAGUAAAAUAGACAGACAAGUGGAAGAAAAAAUAUAAGGAAGAGGAAUUAAUUUUAUAUAUGAAUAAGUUUUAUCAUUGAAACACUGAUCUUGCUUAGGCUAAUUGGGCUAAACUAAUAUAUGACAUAAGUAGAC